UGCGAAAGACGUCGCUGAAAAUGACAGAAAAAAACAAGUCCACGGUCACCACUCCACGGGGGGAAAAGUCUCCUCUCUCUGGCAAGGAAGCCACUACUAGGCUGUGCCUCGGGUCCGGGAGGAAGAGGAGCGUUGAGGCGUGGGGAACUGGGGCCACCCUGAGGCAGAGGGAAGCGUCCCGCCUGCAAACAGCGCGGGCUGGCACGGGCGCAGAGCCUCCUUCUUCCUGGGGUCGCGGCCUGGCUUCCCCCUCCGGGUAGGCCGCACUCCUGUCCUGGGUCGGGGGAGGAGUGACAGGAUUUUUAAAUUCAUUGACACCGAAAUUCUAUGUGGCACUUACAGGAACAUCUUCUUUGAUAUCAGGACUAAUAUUUAUAUUUGAAUGGUGGUACUUCCAUAAACAUGGCACAUCUUUUAUUGAGCAAGUAUCAAUAAGCCAUUUGCGACCACUGAUGGGAGGCACAGAAAGCAGCAUUUCAGAGCCAGGUGCCCCUUCCAGCAAUAGAGAAGGUGAAAACAGCAGACAGAAUUUCUCAGAAUGCAAGGUAUGGAGAAAUCCUCUAAACCUCUUCAGAGGAGCAGAAUAUAGGAGAUACACUUGGGUGACUGGUAAAGAGCCACUUACCUACUAUGAUAUGAACUUGUCAGCACAGGACCAUCAGACAUUUUUCACCUGUGAUACUGAUUUUUUACGUCCUUCAGACACAGUUAUGCAGAAGGCAUGGAGGGAAAGAAAUCCUCCAGCUCGCAUCAAAGCAGCCUAUCAAGCUUUAGAAUUAAACAAUGAUUGUGCCACUGCAUAUGUUCUACUGGCUGAGGAAGAAGCGACAACUAUUGUAGAUGCUGAAAGGUUAUUUAAACAGGCCCUCAAAGCAGGAGAAACAAUUUAUAGGCGAUCUCAACAAUGCCAGCACCAAAGUCCUCAACAUGAAGCUCAACUGAGGAGAGAUACUAAUGUGCUGGUAUAUAUUAAAAGAAGAUUGGCAAUGUGUGCAAGAAAAUUAGGAAGAAUAAAAGAAGCAGUGAAAAUAAUGAGAGAUUUGAUGAAAGAAUUUCCUCCUUUUACCAUGUUGAACAUCCAUGAAAAUCUCUUAGAAUCACUUUUAGAGUUACAGGCCUAUGCAGAUGUUCAGGCAGUACUAGCAAAAUAUGAUGAUAUAAGCCUUCCAAAGUCAGCAGCAAUCUGUUAUACAGCAGCACUAUUAAAAACAAGGACUGUCUCAGAUAAAUUCUCUCCAGAAACAGCCUGCAGAAGAGGAUUAAGCACAGCAGAAAUCAAUGCUGUGGAAGCAAUUCAUAGAGCUGUGGAAUUUAAUCCUCAUGUUCCAAAAUAUUUACUAGAGAUGAAAAGUUUAAUUUUACCUCCAGAACACAUUCUGAAACGAGGUGAUAGUGAAGCAAUUGCCUAUGCAUUCUUCCAUCUUCAGCACUGGAAACGGAUAGAAGGUGCUCUUAAUCUGUUGCAGUGUACAUGGGAAGGCACUUUUAGAAUGAUUCCAUACCCAUUAGAGAAAGGACAUCUAUUUUACCCUUAUCCCAGCUGCACAGAGACUGCUGAUAGAGAGCUAUUACCUACCUUUCAUCAUGUUUCUGUUUAUCCAAAGAAGGAGCUUCCUUUUUUCAUCCAUUUUACAGCAGGACUGUGUUCUUCUACAGCAAUGAUAGCCUUUCUCACCCACCAGUUUCCAGAAAUCAUGGGUGUUUUUGCUAAAGCUAACAUCAUGAAGAGAGUGGAUGGGCGAGGAGAAGGCAGGACUACAAUUCAUGACUUUGACAUCAGACCUGCUGAGAAGCUGUCUCUUGGAUCAACUCUAGAACAUUCAGGAGAGGUCUACACAAGGAUGAGAAUAUGUGGAGGCUAAGAUUUCUGGGGCCUG